AUGGAACGUACUUAUAUUAUGGUUAAGCCCGAUGGUGUUGAACGUGGGUUGGUCGGUGAAAUUAUGAAACGUUUCGAACAAAAGGGUUAUCAACUCUCGGCUCUUAAACUUAUCUCGCCAACGAAACAACUUUUGGAAGAUCAUUAUAAAGAUUUGAAAGAUAAACCAUUUUUCCCUUCUCUCAUGACAUAUAUGUUAUCAGGACCUGUGGUUGGUAUGGUUUGGCAAGGAAAAGACGCUGUUAAAACCGGUCGUCGUAUUUUAGGUGAAACUAAUCCAUUGGCUUCUAAUCCCGGUACUAUCCGUGGUGAUUUCUGUAUUGAUAGUGCAUCUGAUGCAGUUGAAACUGCCGAAAGAGAAAUAGCAUUAUGGUUCCCUUCAGGUGUUGUAGAUUGGGAUCGUAAAAGAGUAAAUUCAUUGAUUUAUGAAUAA